CCCGUGGGUUCUUCUUUUCACCCGACAAAGGCGCGGGUAUUCCCCCCGCAGAUCCGGCCAUGGUGAAGGGCAAGGCCUUCCGGAAGCAAUGGAAGGAAGCUCGAAAGCCUUUGCGGAAGAGGGCGUCCUCCAGGGUAAAGAGCGCUCACAGGGCGUCCUUUGAGGACCGGCAGAAGCAGAAGAGGGAGCUGGAGCAGGUGAAGGCGAAGUCAAAGGAGCUGCAGCAGGAGAAGAAGGAAGUGAAGAAGCUGAAGGCCAAAAAGAGGGAGGAGAAGAAGAAGAGGAAGGAGGAGAACGCGAUCAAGUCUGGUCAGUACCAGGUGAUCAAGAAGACCGAGAAGGUGCGCAAGUGGCACAAGAACGCCAGGAAGAUGCUCCGAACCAUGGGCCCUGAGCAAAUCGAGCGCCUGGUCCAGAAGAACCAGUACUAGCGCUACGUGGGCCGUCCAAACCACCGCCAUCUUGCUUUAGAUUUGCGCGUGUCUUUUUUUCAAGGUUGGAC